AUGCAAAAAUAUAAGUUUCCACCUCGAAACAUAUAUAAUGUGGAUGAAACUGGCGUAACAUCAGUACAGGAUUCUGGCAAAAUUGUAGCCGAAAAAAGCCAAAAACGAGUGGGCUCUAUUAUCUGUGAGGAAAGGGGUCAAAAUGUUACGGCAGUAUGCGCUAUGAGUGCCACAGGACAAUACAUUCCUCCAAUGUUUAUUUAUCCACGUCAACGGCAUUCGACAGCUUUGGAAAAUGAUGGACCACGUGAAGCAGUAUAUAGGUGUUCCAAAAACGGAUGGAUAAACGAAGAGCUCUUUGUAGAAUGGCUUAAGCACUUUACGAAAUAUGCAAAACCUUUGGAAAGUGAUCCGGUUUUGCUCCUCUUAGAUAAUCAUUCUAGCCACAUUUCCUGGAAUUCGUAUAAAUUUUGCAAAGAAAAUCACAUUGUGAUAUUGUCUUUGCCACCACACGGAUCGCAUCGAAUACAGCCAUUGGAUAUUUCCAUUUAUGGUCCCAUAAAAACCACAUAUAAGCAAGAAUGUAACAUAUUUAUGAAAUGCAAUUUGGGACGAAAAUUACACAAGGUGACAUAG